UCUCCCGCCCGCUUCAGGUGCAGCGGCCGCGGGUAGGUGCGCGGGAAUGAUCUCACCCGCGCGCUCCGCGCCAGGAGGAGGAGGAGCGGGAGCGAAACCAACUUCCGGGUAGUGCAGCCGCACGCCACCGGCAUCUUGCUUUUUCUUCCCCCUCCCCCGUGUCCCCCUCGCCGCUCCCUCUUUUCCUUUUAUUCCCAGCCCCACCCGCCAAAAUGAACAGCUCGGACGAGGAGAAGCAGCUGCAGCUCAUCACCAGCCUGAAGGAGCAAGCUGUAGGCGAAUAUGAAGACCUUAGAGCAGAGAACCAGAAAACAAAGGAGAAGUGUGACAAAAUUAGGCAAGAACGAGAUGAAGCUGUUAAAAAACUGGAAGAAUUUCAGAAAAUUUCUCACAUGGUUAUAGAGGAAGUUAAUUUCAUGCAAAACCAUCUUGAAAUAGAGAAGACUUGUCGAGAAAGUGCAGAAGCUUUGGCAACAAAGCUAAAUAAAGAAAAUAAAACACUGAAGAGAAUCAGCAUGUUAUACAUGGCCAAGCUGGGACCAGAUGUAAUAACGGAGGAGAUAAACAUUGAUGAUGAAGAUGCUACCACAGACCCAGAUGUUGCUGCUGAGACUUGUAUCUCAGUACAGUGUCAGAAGCAGAUCAAAGAACUUCGAGAUCAAAUUGUAUCUGUUCAGGAGGAAAAGAAGAUAUUAGCCAUUGAGCUGGAAAAUCUCAAGAGCAAACUCGUGGAAGUAAUUGAAGAAUGUCCAUGUUGGCAGUAGAGGAAUAUGAGGAGAUGCAAGUAAACCUGGAGCUGGAGAAGGACCUUCGAAAGAAAGCAGAGUCGUUUGCACAAGAGAUGUUCAUAGAACAAAACAAGCUAAAGAGACAAAGCCACCUUCUGCUACAGACCACUGUCCCUGACCAGCAGCUUUUGAAAGCUUUAGAUGAAAAUGCAAAACUCAUCCAACAACUUGAAGAAGAGAGAAUUCAGCAUCAGCAAAAGGUCAAAGAAUUAGAGGAGCAACUAGAAAAUGAAGCACUGCACAAAGAGAUACAUAACCUCAAACAGCAACUGGAGCUUUUAGAAGAAGAUAAGAAGGAACUGGAAUUGAAAUACCAGAACUCUGAAGAGAAGGCCAGAAAUUUAAAGCAUUCUGUUGAUGAGCUCCAGAAACGAGUGAACCAGUCUGAGAAUUCAGUACCUCCUCCACCUCCGCCUCCACCACCUCUUCCGCCUCCACCUCCCAAUCCUAUCCGAUCCCUCAUGUCCAUGAUCCGGAAGCGAUCCCACCCCAGUGGCAGUGGUGCUAAAAAAGAAAAGGCGAUUCAACCAGAAACAACUGAGGAAGUCACAGAUCUAAAGAGGCAAGCUGUCGAAGAGAUGAUGGAUAGAAUUAAAAAGGGAGUUCAUCUUAGACCAGUUAAUCAGACAGCCAGACCGAAGGCAAAGCCAGAAUCUUCAAAGGGCUCUGAAAGUGCAGUGAAUGAACUAAAAGGAAUACUGGGGACACUUAACAAAUCCACUAGUUCAAGAAGCUUAAAAUCUCUUGACCCUGAAAACAGUGAAACUGAGUUAGAAAGGAUUUUGCGUCGCAGAAAGGUGACAGCAGAAGCAGAUAGCAGUAGUCCAACUGGGAUAUUAGCCACCUCAGAGUCCAAAUCCAUGCCAGUGUUGGGUUCUGUAUCCAGUGUAACAAAAACAGCCUUGAACAAGAACACUCUGGAGGCAGAAUUCAACAGCCGGUCCCCCCUCACACCUGAGCCAGGUGAAGGGUCCCGUAAAUUGGAAGGAUGCACAAGUUCCAAGGUUUCAUUUCAGUUCCCGAGCAGCUGAAGAAGAUACUAGAUC